AAGUGGUAAAAAAUACUGACUUUAGAUGGUUGUGUCAGCUUAGAUAUUACUGGCUGGAUGACAACCUGUGGGCGUAUAUGAUCAAUUCGUACAUACGCUAUGGCUGUGAAUAUCUUGGCAAUACCUCUCGCCUGGUGAUCACUCCACCGACUGAUCGAUGCUAUCGAACUCUUUUUGGCGCCUUGAAUGUUCAUCUGGGCGGUGCGCCUGAGGGACCAGCUGGCACUGGUAAAACGGAAACCACAAAGGAUUUGGCAAAGGCGGUCGCCAAACAGUGCGUGGUCUUCAAUUGUUCGGAGGGUCUUGACUACAUCGCGCUAGGCAAGUUCUUCAAAGGCCUCGCCUCGUGCGGCGCCUGGUCUUGUUUCGACGAGUUCAAUCGAAUCGACCUGGAGGUCCUAUCGGUUGUGGCGCAGCAGAUUUUGACGAUCCAGUGCGCGAUCAUCGCCGGCACCGAAAAGAUGAUUUUCGAGGGUACGGAAAUCUACCUCGAUCCCACUUGCGCCAUAUUUACUACCAUGAAUCCGGGCUACGCUGGCCGAACCGAGCUGCCGGACAAUCUUAAGGCUCUUUUCCGUCCGGUGGCAAUGAUGGUGCCUGAUUACGCUCUGAUCGCGGAAAACACCUUGUACUCUUAUGGCUUUUAUAACGGCAGACCGUUAGCCGUGAAGAUUGUCACCGCUUACAAACUCUGUUCAGAGCAGCUCAGUAGUCAGCAUCAUUAUGAUUACGGCAUGAGAGCUGUCAAAUCUGUAUUGAUCGCUGCUGGCAAUCUGAAGCUUCGCUAUCCCAAUGAAUCUGAGGACAUCUUGAUGCUGAGGAGCAUUCUGGAUGUUAAUUUGCCAAAAUUCCUGAUUCACGAUUUACCAUUAUUUGAAGGAAUAGCCUCGGAUCUAUUUCCGGGCGUCGUGUUGCCGACACCAGAUUACACUCACAUCAACGCGUGCACGCGGGAUGCGUGCGCCAUGGCAAAUCUACAGUGUACAGAUGAUUUCCUGGAGAAGAUCCAGCAGAUUUACGAGAUGAUGAUCGUACGCCACGGCUUCAUGAUUGUCGGCCUACCGUUCGGUGGCAAGACCUCGGCUUACAGGAUGUUGGCAGAUUGCCUCGGUCUUCUGGAGGACAGAGGAUUGAUGAACGAGCAUCGCGUGGAGAUCACCGUCAUCAAUCCCAAAGCCAUCACCAUGGGUCAGUUGUACGGUCAGUUUGAUCCCGCGUCGCACGAGUGGAGCGACGGAGUCCUGGCGGUGUCCUACCGAGCCUUCGCCACUUCUACUAAUCUAAACAGGAAAUGGCUGGUCUUCGACGGACCAGUGGAUGCACUCUGGAUUGAAAACAUGAACACUGUACUGGACGACAAUAAAAAACUCUGUCUUACGUCUGGAGAAAUUAUCCUGCUUGCGCCUACGACGAAUCUCAUUUUCGAGCCCAUGGAUUUGGAGGUUGCAUCGCCUGCCACAGUAUCGAGAUGCGGUAUGAUCUAUAUGGAGCCAAUGAGUCUGGGCUGGAUUCCACUUUUGAUCUCGUGGCUGAACACAUUACCGCCUAGUUUCACCGAGGAUAUUAAGAGCCAUUUGAAGGACAUGUACUUGCGCUUUUGUCCGCCCCUAUUGCAUUUGAUUCGCCAUUGUGGCGCACGGGAAAUGAUAACAAUGCCGGAUGCUAAUCUAACGCGCUCGGUUAUGUACCUGUACGACUGCUUCCUGGACGAUUUUCGUAACGAAAAGUACGUGAGCGCACUCUCGGAUUUGGACGUGAAAGCGCAAGUGGAAGGCUGUUUUUUCUUCUCGUGCAUCUGGGCGAUGGGCAUCACCCUAAUGGUCGACUAUCGCGAAUGGUUCGACAUGCUCUUCAGAGCGUUGACAGAACGCGAAUUCCCGAAGGAAGUGCGCCAACGCUUCGCCAUACCUUCAGAAAUCGGUGAUCUGAAGAAACCUUACAUAGUCUCUUUACCGACUGUCGGCUCGGUUUUUGACUACAAAUAUAUCAAAGAGGGCAAAGGCAAGUGGAAACUCUGGCUGGAAGAUCUGCAGGAUGUUCCGCCGAUCCCCAAGGAUAUGCCAGUGAACCAGAUCAUUGUCUCCACGGUGGAGACCGUUCGAUAUUUUCACCUUUUCUGGCACCUUGUCCGCCACCACAAGCCGAUCCUUCUGGUCGGGCCGACGGGCACUGGAAAGUCCGUCUACAUUAUGGAGUUCUUGCUAAAGAAAAAUAAUCCUGAGAUUUUUAAGCCGCUUUUCGUAAUAUUCUCAGCGCAGACCACUGCCAAUCAGACGCAGGAUAUCAUUAUGAGUAAAUUGGACCGAAGGAAAAAAGGAUUAUACGGAGCACCGCCUGGUCAACAUUGGGUGAUCUUCGUGGACGAUGUGUCAAUGCCGCAAAAAGAAGAGUUCGGAGCGCAGCCCCCCAUUGAACUUUUGCGACAGUGGCUGGAUCACUGGACUUGGUACGAUCGAAAGGAAGUGGUACCUAUCAAGCUCGUGGACAUACAACUAAUGUGCGCGAUGGGACCGCCCGUGGGCGGACGUGACGUCACGCCGAGGUUCAAGCGACACUUUGUCACCCUAGCGAUUCCUGAGUUUGAUGACAACGUUCUGAUCACCAUAUUCGGCAGGAUCACUGCCUGGCACUUCUUCACCCGUGGCUUUCCUGAGUUCUUCGAGCCGUGUAUCGAUUACGUGGUUCACGCAACUCUGAACGUAUACAAGGAAGCCAGGAAGAAUUUGUUACCGACACCAGCAAAGUCGCAUUAUCUGUUUAAUCUACGGGAUUUCUCGAGAGUUAUUCAAGGCGUACUGCUCUCCACCCCCGAAACCAUCAUCGAUUUGGUCAACAUGAAGCGUUUGUGGGUUCACGAAGUGCUUCGAGUUUAUGGCGAUCGAUUGGUUGAUGAGACCGAUAAUAAAUGGCUAGUGGAACAAAUUCGGAGUGCCAUAAAGGAGCAUAUGGAUGAUGACAUGGACUAUCUCUUUCAAGAUUUACUGGACGAACCUGGUGCACAGGUGACGGAGGUGCAUUUGCGAAAUCUCGUCUAUUGCGACUUUCACGAUCCGAUUGCCGAACAGAAAAUGUAUAUAGAGGUCGAAGACUGGGACGAGCUCGCCGAAGCGGUAGAGGAAUAUCUCUCAGAAUAUAACGAUAUGUCGAAGACGCCAAUGGAUCUGGUGCUCUUCAGAUUCGCGAUAGAGCAUCUCUCAAAAAUUUGCCGCGUGAUGAUGCAGCCACGCAGCCACGCUCUUCUGGUCGGCAUGGGUGGUUCCGGUCGACAAUCCCUGACGAAGUUGGCGGCCCAUAUAUCCGACUACGAGCUCUUUCAAGUGCAGAUAUCUCAGCAGUACGGCAUGUAUGAAUGGCAUGAAGACCUGAAAAACAUCCUGCAGAAAAGCGCAGCGAGCGACUUGCAUACGGUUUUCCUCUUCAUGGACACGCAAAUCAAGGAAGAGGCCUUCCUGGAGGAUAUUAGCAAUCUUCUUAAUUCCGGCGAGGUGCCCAAUCUGUUCGCAGCGGAUGAGAAGUCCGAAAUCUGCGAGAAAAUGCGGAUCAUCGAUCGGCAAAGAGACAGAUCCGUACAGACGGACGGCAGCCCGGUGGCACUCUUCAAUUUCUUCGUGCAGACAGUGCGCGAGAAUCUGCACAUCGUGGCGACGAUGUCGCCGAUAGGCGACAGCUUCCGCAACCGGGUCCGCAAAUUUCCCGCGUUGGUCAACUGCUGCACCAUCGACUGGUUGCAACCCUGGCCUGAGGAUGCCCUGCUCGCGGUCGCCACGCAAUUCUUAAGCGAGAUCGACAUGCCAAGCGACGAACGUCACGCCUGCAUUGCGAUGUGUCAAUACUUCCAUAUAUCCACGCAGGAACUAACGAAGGAUUUUCUGAGACGAUCGAAUCGCUACAAUUACGUUACACCGACUUCUUAUCUGGAGCUGAUCAACACGUUCAAGGAACUGCUGGACCAGAAGCGGAAGGAAGUGCUAGAGGGCAAGAAGAGAUACGAGGCUGGUCUUGGCAGGUUGGACAGCACGCGCAAAGAAGUCAGCAGGAUGCAACAGAUCCUGAUAGCUCUUCAGCCGAAGCUGCUAGUGGCUGCGAAGGAUGUGGAGAGUAUGUUUCUGAAUGUGCAGAAGCAGAGCGAGGAAGCCAGCGAGAUCGCACAAGUCGUUAAAAAGGACGAAGAGGCCGCUAUGAUUGUCGCCACGGAAGCCAAAGAGAUCCGCGCUGAGUGCGAUGCCGAUCUUCAGCAAGUAAUGCCGAUACUAGACGCAGCAAAUGCUGCUUUAAACACCUUGACUCCGCAGGACAUCCAUAUCGUCAAAUCCAUGAAACGUCCGCCGGCUGGUGUACGAUUGGUCAUGGAAGCGAUUUGUAUACUAAAGGAUGUGAAACCGGAAAAGGUACAAGGUCCGGAAGGCCCGAUAGACGAUUACUGGAAGCCAUCGCUUCGCAUUUUGGGCGACAUACGAUUUCUGGAAUCAUUGCUAAACUAUGACAAAGACAACAUUCCCGAACACAUCAUGACCACCAUUCGCACGACAAUCUUAACGAAUCCGAAUUUCGACCCGGAACGUAUCAGAUAUGUGUCGACCGCCUGCGAGGGUCUCUGCCGUUGGGUGUUUGCUCUAUCGGAGUACGACAAAGUCGCCAAAGUAGUGGCGCCAAAAAACGCCUUGGCGAAGGCCGAAGCCGAUUUUUCUACAGCGAUGGAACAGCUGACACUGAAGAGAAAUCAACUGCGGGAGGUGCGGGAAAGAUUGGCCAAAUUGGAGACUUUGCUGGCGCAACGAAGGGCCGAAUACCGGGCGAUGACCGACGAAGUUAAGGAUUGCGAGGAAAAACUGAGAAGGGCUGAAGAGUUGAUCGGAGGUCUCGGUGGCGAAUACACCAGAUGGUCCGAGACUGCCAAAUCGCUUGGAGAAAGCUACUAUAGAUUAACAGGGGAUAUCUUGAUCGGUUCCGGCGUGGUAGCUUACCUCGGCGUCUUCACGAUGCAGUAUCGGCAGCAGCAGCUGGACGACUGGGUGGCAUACUGCACCAAUCUGAAGGUUGUCUGUACUCAAGAUUUUCAGCUCACGCAGGUGCUGGGCGAUCCAGUGCUUAUCCGCGCCUGGAAUAUAUUCGGCCUGCCCACCGACUUAUUCUCCAUUGACAAUGCCAUAAUUGUUACGAAUUCGCGACGCUGGCCGCUCAUGAUUGACCCGCAAAGUCAGGCGAAUAAGUGGGUAAAGAAUAUGGAGAAAGCAUCGAAUUUGCAUGUCAUCAGAUUGACACAACCGGAUUACAUGAGGACUUUGGAGAAUGCGGUACAAUUCGGACAGCCGGUGCUAUUGGAAAACAUCGACGAGGAAGUGGACCCGGCUCUAGAAUCAUUGUUGAUGAAACAGACCUUUAGAUCUGGUGGUGCGUUGUACAUCAAGUUAGGCGACAGCAUCAUCGAAUAUUCCGAAAAGUUCCGAUUUUACAUCACCACGAAAUUACGAAAUCCGCAUUAUCUACCAGAAGUGGUAGUAAAGGUAACUCUGCUAAAUUUUAUGAUCACCCCAGAUGGUUUGGAUGAUCAGCUUCUAGGUAUAGCUGUUGCAAAAGAAAGACCCGAGCUUGAAUCACAGAAAAAUGAGCUGAUAAUUCAAGGAGCGGCUAAUAAAAAAUUGUUAAAGGAGAUAGAGAAUAAGAUUUUGCGAGUACUGUUUGCGUCCAAGGAGAAUAUCCUCGAAGAUGAAACUGCCAUCAGGGUGUUGAGCUCUUCGAAAAAUCUUGCCAACGAAAUAGAAAGUAAACAAACAGCUGCCGAAAUUACCGAGAAAUCCAUUGACGCGGCGAGAUUGCAAUAUACACCAAUUGCGGUCUACAGCACUGUUCUCUUCUUCACAAUUGUCAUGUUGGCAAAUAUCGAUCCGAUGUAUCAGUACUCCCUCGCCUGGUUCGUCAAUCUUUUCAAGAAUACGAUCGAUAACACGCCGCCAGUGGAGGACAUAAAGCAGCGUCUGAAGGACCUCACCAGGAGCUUCACCUACUCCCUGUACGUCAACAUAUGCCGUUCUCUUUUCGAAAAGGACAAGCUGCUCUUCUCGUUCCUGCUGUCUGUGAACUUACUGAAUAAGCAAGGCCAGCUUUCGAUGGUCCAGUGGAUGUUUCUGUUGACCGGCGGCGUUGGCCUUGAGAAUCCCUUCGUCAAUCCUACCGAGUGGUUGCCGACGAGGUCCUGGGAUGAGCUUUGCCGAUUGGACGACGUGCCAGGAUUUACGGGAAUAAGAGACUCAUACACGAGAAAUAUCGACGAGUGGAAGAAGAUAUUCGAUCACAAGGAGCCUCAUACUUUGUCCUUUCCCGCUCCUUGGAAUAAACUGAGCAAAUUCGAAAGGAUGCUGGUGCUUCGAUGCAUCCGUCCUGACAAAGUAGUGCCGGCGAUGCAAUUAUUCGUCGAAGAACAAUUAGGGCCUCAGUAUAUCGUGCCACCGCUCUUCGACCUGGCGGCAUCUUUCGCGGACUCGCAUUCCUGCAUCCCGCUCAUAUUCGUCCUGACACCUGGCGCGGAUCCUAUGGCGCUCCUUCUGAAAUUCGCCGACGAUCAGGGCUUCGGUGCCACCAGGCUGUUCUCCUUGUCUCUGGGCCAAGGUCAGGGAAUCAUCGCCGAGGGUCUCAUAGAUGAGGGCGUGAAGAGCGGCACCUGGGUGGUGCUGCAAAAUUGUCACGUUGUCAAGACUUUUAUGGUCACUCUAGAGAAAAUAUGCGAAAGCUUCACGAAGGAAACGGUGCAUCCUGACUUCCGGUUAUGGUUGACAAGUUAUCCGGUCGCGCACUUUCCAGUUAGCGUCCUGCAAAACGGCGUGAAGUUGACGAACGAACCACCCAAAGGAUUGCGCGCAAAUAUUCUGCGAUCUCUUCACCAGGACCCGAUAUGCGAUCCCGAUUUUCACGAUACGUCGAAGCAGCGGAAUACUUUCAAACGGUUGCUCUUGUCGCUCUGCUUCUUUCACGGCAUCGUACAGGAACGACGGAAGUUUGGGCCCAUCGGUUGGAACAAUCAGUACGAAUUCAACGAGACGGAUUUACGUAUCAGCGUGCUGCAACUUAAGAUCUUGCUCGACCAAUACGACGACGUUCAGUUCACCGCAUUGAAGUAUCUAACUGGCGAAUGCAAUUACGGCGGUCGCGUGACAGACGAAUGGGACCGACGGACUCUGAACACUAUCCUGACGCGAUUCUAUCACAAGGAUGUGAUCGUGGCCGAUCAGAAAUAUCUGUUCGAUCCCAGUGGUCUUUAUUACAUACCGGCGGUCAGCGAGUAUAGUCAAUUUCUAGACUACGUGAGAGAAUUGCCAAUGACGACCGCGCCCAGCGUCUUUGGCAUGCACGAGAACGUUGACAUCAUCAAGGAUCAGCAGGAGAGCUACUUGAUACUAUCCUCCAUUCUGACUACUCAGAAUACCGAGGAGUUCAAAGACGUGGCCCAAGCAGAAAUAGACAUCGAGAAAUCACCGGACAAGAUUGUUUACAGCGUCGCGUCCGAUGUCCUGUCAAGGCUACCGCAGGACUAUGAUCUGAUGGUCGUUCAGGAAAAAUAUCCCACAUUGUACGAGCAAAGUAUGAAUACCGUGUUGGUUCAGGAGAUGGGCAGAUUCAAUAAACUCCUACAGACCAUUCGGAGUAGCCUCAUAAACGUCCAGAAGGCGAUUAAGGGCCUGGUGAUAAUGAGCCCCGAUCUUGAAGAAGUUUACUUGUCGAUCAUCAUCGGCAGGAUACCUAAGAUGUGGAUGAGACAUUCUUAUCCAUCCUUGAAGCCGCUCGGCAGUUAUAUGCACGACUUUCUAAAGAGACUAAAUUUUCUUCAGACUUGGUACACGGAAGGUCCUCCUACGUCUUUCUGGAUUUCCGGUUUCUAUUUCACGCAAGCGUUUCUCACCGGUGCCCGUCAGAAUUAUGCAAGGAAAUAUUCAAUCCCCAUCGAUUUACUGAUCUACGACUUUGUCCCCUUAAAAGACACUGUUUUUACAAAUCCGCCGGACGAUGGAGUAUACAUUUACGGAUUAUUUCUCGAUGGAGCUCGCUUCAAUAUGACUACAAUGAAGCUUGACGAAUCCUUCCCGAAGAUCCUUUACGAUAUCGUGCCUUAUAUUUGGUUAAUACCGGUAACAAAGGAUCAGGUGCAGGAUAAAGACACGUAUACGUGUCCAGUGUACAAGACCAGCGAGCGAAGGGGCGUGCUGUCGACCACCGGCCAUUCAACCAAUUUCGUCAUCGCGAUCUGGCUACCGACGUCGCAUCCGUCGGAGCAUUGGAUUCUGCGAGGCACCGCCAUGCUGUGCCAACUGUCAGACUAAUAUGCGACUGAUUCUCUGCUCACUAAACGAGAAGGUCUCUCCUUGAGAUUUGACUGGAGAUUUUAACGAGCUGGCUUCUGGCUGAUUGGAAAAUCUGCGUCGCUGUAAUUAACUUUCUUCAAUGAAUUGAAUUCCUUUAAUUAUUUCAACGGAGAAUACUUUUGCUCUAUGUUUAAAGAUUUGGACAGAUUUAUUUUUUAUGACAGCUGAUUGGCAUAAUAAUUAAUUCUUCUUCGUAGUGUUGUUGUUUGUAAAAGUAAAAAAAAUUGCGCAAAUAUAAACCUAUGGCUUUUUUAAGCUUUUAAUGAUUGUAAGACGAUACAUUCGUGUCUAUAAUAUAUAUAAAUUUUGUUUUU